AUGUCUAGACCAUCUGCGACGUCGAUGUCCUCCAACGGCCUCCUCCUUCGCCGUCAGCUUGCGGAGCUCAAGAAGCGUCCCCUCGAGGGCUUCUCUGCCGGUCUCGUCGACGACAACAACUUCUAUGAGUGGGAUAUCAUGAUCAUCGGACCGCCGGAUACGCUGUACGAGGGUGGCAUCUUCAGGGCUAGGCUGAGCUUCCCGGAGGAGUACCCCAUCCAGCCACCAAAGAUGCGCUUCCUCACGCCCAUGUGGCACCCGAACAUUUAUCCCGAUGGCAAUGUCUGUAUCUCCAUCCUGCACCCACCCGGCGAAGACCAAUACGGCUACGAAGAUUCUGGAGAGAGAUGGCUGCCUGUGCACACAGUCGAAUCCAUUCUCUUGAGUGUCAUAUCGCUCCUCUCGUCCGACACGCCCAAUCUGGACAGUCCUGCGAAUGUAGAUGCGGCAAAGGAGGUGAGGGAGAGCUUUGACACAUACAAGAAGAAGGUCCGGCGCCUGGUGCGACGGAGUGCAGAAGAGGCUUUCGACUGA